GUAGGUUCUGUGGCGGUGUGUCAAGCAUAGACCAAUAAUCAGUUGUAUAUGUUUUAUGAUAAGAAAUAUAGGUUAAGUUUACAUCCAAGAAUUUGAGAUUAAACAUUUUACAUAAUAAAUGUCGGAAAAAGAUUAUGCACCAUUAAGUUCAGCAUGUGUUCGUGCACUCAACGACAAAUUAUACGAAAAAAGGAAAACCGCCGCCUUGGAAAUAGAAAAGAUGGUUAAAGAAUUCGCUGCUGUAAAUAAUACUGGACAAAUUAAGAGACUCCUGAAGGUAUUAGGACAGGAUUUUGCCUUAUCUCAGAAUCCCCAUGCUAGAAAAGGAGGACUCAUUGGUUUAGCUGCUAUAGCAAUUGCUCUAGGAAAGGACACAGGUUUAUACACAGAUGAGCUUAUCAAACCUAUACUAGGUUGUAUGGCAGAUCAAGACCUACGCGUAAGGUAUUAUGCUUGUGAGUCACUUUAUAAUGUUGUAAAGGUCUCAAGAGGAGCUGUGCUGCCACAUUUUGCUGCUAUAUUCAAUUCAUUGAGUAAAAUUGCUACAGACCCUGAUCAACAUGUUAAGAAUGCAUCUGAAUUAUUGGACAGACUAUUGAAGGAUAUUGUUGUAGAAAGUACAACAUUUGACUUAGAUGGUUUCAUACCAUUGCUGAGAGAAAAAAUAUAUACCAAAAGCCCAUUUGCCAGACAGUUUGUCAUAUCAUGGAUAUCCAUAUUGAAUACUGAGCCACGCUUAGAUCUUAUAGGUUAUUUACCUGAGCUUUUAGAUGGCUUGUUCAGAAUCUUAGAUGACACUAAUCUUGAGGUUAAAAAAAUAUGUGAAACAAUCCUAGGAGAAUUCCUUAGGGGCAUCAAAAGUGAUCCAUCUAAAGUUAAUUUUGGAGCUAUGAUAAACAUAUUGAUCAACCAUGCCCAAGAGAAAAGCGAUGACUUGGUUCAGUUCACAGCAAUUACUUGGAUCAAAGAGUUCGUACAGUUGUCAGGUCCAGCAAUGUUGCCGCAUGUAUCUGGAAUAUUCACCGCAGUCUUGCCGUGCCUAGCAUAUGAUACAGACGCUCGGAGAAACAUUAAAGAAACUGCUACGGCUGUCAACUAUACGUUGAUGAAACUCAUAGCCUUGCAAGAAGAGAACAGUGAUGAAGAUAUUCGACCGUUAACAGCUACAGAAGAACAAAUUAAUAACGAAUUAGACCUUCCAUCAGUUGUAGACCACUUGACGUCGUACUUAAUGCAUAAUUCCAUCCAGACUAAAGUGGCAGUCCUGAAAUGGAUCCACGAUUUGUAUACAAAACUCCCGAAUAAGAUGGUGAAUUACAUAGAUGUUUUAUUCCCCGCACUACAGAAAACUUUAUCUGACGAAUCUGACCAGGUUGUCCAGCAAUGCCUUGUGGUACUGGCAGAGGUCAUUUCUACACCUAAGUCAUCGAAAUCGGGGCAUACAGUACCUGACACCAAUGAGUAUUAUCACAAAUUCAUGGUGAGCUUGUUGCUCUCAUUCAGUCUAGACAAAAGACUUCUUGUCGAACGGGGUUCAUUUAUUAUAAGACAACUCUGUGUUCUACUCAAUGCCGAAGACAUAUACACAACAUUAGCCCAAAUUCUACUGAAAGAAUCAAAUCUAAAGUUUGCUAGUCUAAUGGUAGAGCACUUGAAUAUGAUUUUGUUUACCUCUUCAGAGCUGUAUGAGCUGAGAAAUAGACUAAAAGACAUUAGUAAAAAGGAAAACAGCACGUUAUUCUGCUGCCUAUAUGACACUUGGUGCCACAAUCCAGUAGCCACAGUGGCUUUAUGCUUACUGUCACAAUGCUACAGUCAUUCUUGUGAAUUGAUAAAGUUAUUUGGAAACUUAGAAAUUACUGUUAAUUUCCUCACCGAUAUUGACAAACUCGUCCAGCUGAUCGAAUCUCCAAUAUUUGCUUACUUAAGGUUGGAACUGCUGGAGGUUCCGUGCGACCAGAAUCUACUCAGAGCUUUGUAUGGUCUUCUGAUGCUAUUGCCUCAAACACAAGCAUUCAAUACCCUGAAGACAAGAUUGAGCUGCAUACCAAGCUUACAUCUCCACUGUGAUGACAAUAAAAUAUUAAAGACGAAAAAGGGACAAGAAGCGCUAUUAGAUUUUCAGCGCAUGCUAGACCAUUUCAUAGCAGUACAAGAAAAACAUAAAGAAUACAAAAAGGCUCAAAGAACCAAAGAACUAUCUGCUUUGGAUAAGGAAAAUGUAUAUUUGUAACAUAUUAUUAUUUCAGUUUUAUGUAUUUACUUAUAAGUGUAAACAUUCCUAUUUUACAUACAUAUUAUACAUACCUCAAUUGUCAUACAAUAUUUAUUUAUUUUUUAAUCUGAUUGAGAAUAUAUUGUUACACGUAUUGGAAAAAGUGUUAUUUUAUGCUUGUAUGGCCACCAUUUAAAUAUCUAUGUGAUAGAACAAUAGAAAGAUCUUGGAAUUGAAAUAGCAAAAGGACAAGUUUGCGUGCAAACAUUUUGUCGUAAGCCGAUAAUGUCCUUUGAAGAGGAA